AUGACCAAGACCACGGCGAAUAAGCGGGCUCACCGCGAAAACCACCAUGCGCGCAAAGGCCAAGGCGCAGUCGCCAAGCUGCCUCGCAAGAAAUUUUACCGCCAGCGCGCACAUGCGAACCCGUUUUCCGAUCACGCCCUCGUUUACCCCCAGUCGCCCUCUGCCAUGGACUGGUCGACAUUUUAUCCCACCUUUGUGGACAAGGAGGCGCCUGAGGAUUCUGCCGACCCGCCGCGGCUGCGGCAAGACGUCGAGGUCGUCGACAUUGGGUGCGGGUUUGGAGGCCUGCUCGUUGCGCUGGCGCCCCUCAUGCCGGAGACGCUGAUGCUGGGCAUGGAGAUUCGAACCGCCGUCACCGAAUUCGUCCAGGAGCGGAUAUGGGCCCUACGAGAACAAAACAAGGGGCAGCUAUACCAAAACGCAGCCUGCCUGCGCGCCAACUCGAUGAAGUUCCUGCCCAACUUCUUCAAAAAGGGCCAGCUGAGCAAGGUCUUCAUUUGCUUCCCGGACCCGCACUUCAAGGCGCGCAAACACAAGGCGCGCAUCGUCUCGACGACGCUCAACUCUGAGUAUGCAUUCGUCCUGCGGCCCGGCGGCAUCGUGUACACGAUUACCGACGUCGAGGCGCUGCACGAAUGGAUGGUGUACCAUUUUGACGCGCACCCUGCGUUCUCGCGUGUGCCCCGGGAGGAAGAGCAGGCCGACGAGUGCGUCGAAGUCAUGAUGCGCGAGACGGAGGAGGGCAAGAAGGUGGAGAGGAACAAGGGGCCAAAGUUUGUGGCCCUAUUCCGACGCCUGGAGGACCCUGCGUGGUGA